AUGCGUGGGGUCGAAGUUGUACUUGAAGGCUCUUCUGAUUACGUUCGCAGGUUGUCUAUGGAGAUAUGGACUCGGUCUUCGUUAAUUCCAACAUCACUGAGCUUCCAGAGGCACUCAAGAUAUCAGCAGAGUCCCAAAAAAGCGGUCAAUGGUCACUACAAACUCUUGGAGAUUGACCUCGAUGGUAUCUUCCAACGUUUGCUCCUGUUACAAGAGAAGAAGUAUGCGGCCAUCAAGGUCGAAGAUGGUGGACGACCAUCCACAGAGGUGAAGGGGUUGGACAUGAAGUGCAGAGGGUAUUGUGCGUUAUCUAAGGUGGUGUCUCAAUACGUACCAGACCAGAUUCUGUCGGGAGAGGCGACCGAAACUGUCGUUGAACGGAUACACAAGUAUCUCACAACUAUGGGUGAGAGCGGCGAGGUAGGCAAGACCGCUCAAGCUGAGUGGGCGAAGGAUCCCGAUGAGGUACGAAGGGCAAGCGACGAGUUGAAGAUUGACUACGAACAUUAUCUGGCACACCAAAUCUUGCCUCCGAUCGAACGUUUAUGUGAAGGGACCGACCGGUCACGAUUGGCCGAGUGCCUGGGGCUCGAUGCAAGCCGAUACCGCAAUCCGGAUGGGGCGGAAGAACGGCCUUCGGCACUCUGGAUUCGUUGA